GUUGUGAGGUUGCAUAUCUAAAAUCAAAAAAAUAUUUUUUAUGACAAUGCCUUUUGCAUUGUUAGAGUUGCAAAUUUUUCAUGGAUGUGGCAUAAAUAAACUUCGCUUACAAGAGGACAAGAUAGAGAAACAAAUAGUAGUCGAAUGGCAGUUACUAUUACUGAGUGAGCUACCGCUUCCAGCAGCUUUGUUAUCUAAUUAUGUUCAGAGAUGACAGCACAAUACGUAUGACGCUUCUGCGUCCUGUGAACUGAAAGCAAUGAGUACCACACGUGUAUCCAUUGUAUAUUCGUUAUCCAUGUGCUCAUGUUUCCUCGUGUUGGAUUUUGAGGAAUGCGUGCCCUGGUGUUGUUAUUUUAUGUUAGGAUAUAUGUAUAUUCAAAUCAGGUGGAGCAAAAGUAGCCUUACUUUUAAAACUUCCGUAAUGUUACAUUUAUUUCUCGGAAUUGAGUACACUGGCUGUUAAAGUUGCAGACUUACGUUAAAUAAUGUUGGUGAAAAAGAAGAGGAAAUCAGGUUAUGGAGACCAGCGUUCAGAAGACCCACCAGCGAAAAGGGCACAUUUAUUUUCUGCAAGUGUGUUUCGAAAAAGACUUAAAGGAGAGGAUGCCAUUACAGCCAUGAAAGAAUUUGUAAGUCUCUGCAAGUCACCAGAGGCUGAGAAUGUUAUCCUGCAAUAUCUGGAGGCAGGAGGAGGAGCCCAGGAACUUCUUGGGCUUUUGCAGUCUGAGCACAAGAAGAAUAUGGGUUAUAUUGUGCCAGUAUUUUCUGCCUUGCAAUAUAUCAUCAUGAAAACCCUUACUGAAGCUCAGAAAUACAGGCUUAGUGUGGAAGAAGCAUGCAAACAUCUUCUGAAUUAUCAUCUGUCAACCAUACACAACAUGCUGUCCUUGAAGAGCACCCCAAAGCAUAGACAAAUAGUACUUAAGUUGCUGGCAGCCAUAGUGACACUUAGUCCUCAGUUGGCACGGAUGAUUUUAAGCCAUGUGAAGAUCAGUCCUCAGUUAUGGGCUGUGCUGGUGAAGCACACAAAACCAGUGGACAAGAGUGUGCGCACAAACUUCAUUCAUUUUCUGCUGGCAUUCCUUUUUGAUGGCUGUGUCUCCAUCAUUCGGCCUUUACUAGAAAUUAAAGGUCUGCUUACAAGUAUAAUACCUGGACUAUUGUAUGAUAGCUCAGAUACUGUUCAUCUUGUGCUGACAACUCUACAAGAUAGAGUACUGAUGAAUAUGUCAAUAUCAAAGACAGCAAAGCUGCACACAUUCAACACUGCAGUUGUGAGAUCUCUUCUUGCACUUUAUGACUGGAAGGGGCCACUGAAGUGGAACCCCACAAGGAAGAACCAAAAUGAUGAAAUUGUUGGUACAAAUGAGAAUGAAGAUGUGCAACAAGAGGAGGAAAAGCAGAUUGUAGCAGAUGCAGUUCAUGAUUUCCUUCAAGUUCUGUGCACAUCUCAUAAAUAUGGUAUAAUUUUUCAUGACAGAAGUAUUGGUACAUCUGGCAAGAAGCAUAAUGAGUUACUGCAAACUGUACUGGAAAACCUGGAGAGACCGUGGGAACACGAACAGAAAGCUGAAUUGGUUCUUAAGAUUCUCAUUGCUUGCCCUGACUUGAUGAAAUGUAUUUUGUUAAAUACAGAACCAUAUUUGGAGCCUCGAGUUUCUGUCAAGUGGUUGAAAGCAGUUAACUUUGUGAAGCAGCUGGUACAGAAUAUGAAUCCAGAACAAACACUGAAGCCAUAUGCUGAUUGUCUGACAGUGCAUCAAAUAAAAAAUGUGGUACAUACUUUGACUAUGCCAUCAGUUUUAUUGAGAGCUAUUGGCAUGGGGAUGCUUCAACAUAGACAAUUGGUUAUCAGACAUGAGGCAUUGCUCUUACUGCUUGCUAUGAUGAGGCAAUUCAGUAGGUUUAUUACUUCCAUAGAACAAUGGAAUCUUUUUGAUGAAGCUGUUGAAAAUUCUUUCAAGCAAAGCAUUAUGAAGGAACUUCCAAAUGCUGAAGUGCUGUUGUCUUUAUGGAACAUGGCAUUAUCACCACCUGCAGAAAGUGAAGAGGAAGAGGACUCUCAAUUUGGUCCCAGUAUACCUGAGCAGAACUUAAGAUCACAUCUUUUGGCAGUGAUGGAUUUAUUUCUGCUAUAUAAUAAAUGUUUUCCACAUAUUUUGGACAUUCCAAGUUCUGUCAAUUUCUUAGCUGAUAUUGAACAAAUGCUGGGAAAUGAAGAAGAUUGUGAAGCUGUGGCUAUCAUACAGGAGAGGGUUUUACAACUUUUGAUAACAUUAGACAGCUUUGCCUUUACUCCUGAUAAGGAAAUGUUUGGUGAUGCUAUUGAGCGUCUUUCUUACCUGGUUGACUACCCUUCUGCCAAAAUACAGGCCAGGAAUAUCCUGUGUAUCCUUUUGAUCAACACAGGGUUGUUUGAGGGUGUUCUGAGUGAAGUGUUUGUGUGGCUUCACUGUUGCCUUACAGUCCCUGCUGAACAUAGGAAAUCUGUUAUCAGGCUUCUAGUUGAUGCAAUUGUACGUGUUAGUCAGAACCCAGAAACAUAUAUAGACUUCAUUGCACAGUGUGAAGAAGCAGCAGAAGACACUAAGCAAGUACUGGAGAGCAGUCGACUAGAAGAUAUUUUUGAUGAGCUGCUGGAAGCCUCAGAUUAUGAGGUUGAUGGAGAAAAGAUGAAAGAAUCUGAAAAUGCUUUGCCUGCUGCUGUCACUUUGAGUCCAUUAUUGCCAGGUGUAUUAGAAACUGCAGCUGCUAUGAGUGAUAAUGAUCAUUUUGAGGGCAUUAAGUACUUUAUUUCAUGUGUGGUAACUCAUCUGCUCCAUUGCCAGACUUCAUCAGGAAUUUUGCUACAUCUUAUCCAACGUUGGUCUGGGUUAUUGCCAUCUGCUGUCAUGAUGUAUGUCUGUGGAUGGUCGUCUGAAAGAUCACCACAGCCACUCAAGAAACCAUUUGGAAGUCAGAGUCCUGAGAGUAAAAUCAGUAAAGCCCUUUUACAGCCAGUUGAAUAUUCUAUCAGUCGUAUUCUGGGUUUAGAUAUGGAUCCUUCUUUGAUAAUUAAUGAAAUUAAUGCUUCAAAUCCAAUGAUGGACCCCACAGAGUAUUUCAAUAGUGAUAGAUCUUGCAUCAGAGAUUCAAUACACAUGUUGCUUCUCUACAAAUUGUGUGUUUUUCACAUGACACAGCUUGCAUCCCAUGGAGAACUUACUAAGGAACUGAAAGAUAAUUGUAAAGAGGCACUGUUAUCAUUAUUGCUUGUAGUCUCUCAUCUAGACAAGAAACAUCAAGAUGAGGUAGCUGAAGCUUCCUGGAAAGAAAAGGCUCAUUUGUUAGACCAAGAACAGCUGUCACUUCAUUGCCUUAAGCACACAUUUACCCACCCAAUUCUUCUGCAGUCUUUCACUCCCAUAUAUCGAAAGAAACAAAUUACUGAGAAACUGGUCACUGAACUUGUUUUAGAAUUGCUGAAAUUUUCAUCUUUUUCAAGAACUGAUAUGAUGACUUUGAGUGGUAUCUUAAAGCCAUUCAAACAAAAACUAAUCCAGCAGAUCAUUGGAAGACUAAAGAAAAACAAAUUAUUGUGCUUGAAUAUGGAAAAUGUCAUUCCAUUUGUGAAACUCUUUGAGCUGAGUUUUCCCGAGGUCUUAAAACUUAUGGACCAUCUUGUGGCAGUGCCAACAGAGGUCUUGAUAUGUAUAAGUGAUGAUUCACAUUCCCUCUCAGUGUGGGGAUGUCUUUUAGUGCAACUAUUGGGUUGCUGCAUAACUUUGCACAAACCUCUUAGGGCAGUCAUGGUGACUGCCGUAGCUAACCAUGUGGCUCAGCUGGCAAAACAAGAGCAACUUCAUAGUACGCUGAUGGAAGAACACUUCCUGCAAUACUUGGAGCAGUUUCCACAUCAUCUUGAACAUAUACAGACAAGAUUGCUCCAGUGUCUCCUUCAGCAGCAAGCUGUUAGCAGCUCUUCUGUAAAGUUGUGUUCACUCUUGCUUAGUCGCAGACCAGUUCUCAUUCAUGACUUUAUAUCACUUGUAAGACAAAGUAAAAAUCUGAGACAGAAUGCUGCUAUUGUCUUACCACUCUUAUCUGCUGCUUUCAAAUCCAGUACACCAAUUGAACAAAACAUUCUAAACAAAAUGUACAGUGAAUAUAGUGCUGAAAUUCAGGUAGCGCUGUUGAGUCCUUCUGAGGCUGCAGAUUGGCUAAAGUCUUACAGUUCUGUUGUUGUGCAGCUUAUGCAUAAAUGCAUAGAUUUUGAUGUGUGUAAAGACCUUUAUCAUAAAAUGAAGUCAACUGCUGCAAAGGUGGACAGAUACGAGAAUUUCUACAUAAAUAUUGUUAAAUGCUUGUUUACAAAAAUGGCAACAAAUCCAAAUGACAGUGAAAUGUGUCAGAUUGAUUUUAUGUUAUUGAUACUUGAGAUGUUGGUCAGUUUGCCAACAGAAAAUGUAUUAGAUGAGAAGCAGAUGGAAAAUAUGUGUCAAGCAUUACAAGACUGUGUGGUGUUAAUUGAUGGAAAACAGGGCAUCUCAGCACCUAUGAAGAAGAGCACUGUAUGGCUGUCUUUCAUUAAGAUGUCACUGAAGUUUGGUCUACAGCCCCACCAAGAUACCAGUGGCAAGUUACUUGGUACUCUGGCUAUGCUGUGUGACAUAAUUUAUGAAAAUAAUGCUGAAGAACCACAAAUAAAUGAAGUAUAUCAGUGGACAUUGUCACAUUCAGAAUUUCUCAAUGUUAUGCUUGGGAAAACACCAAAAAAAUGUAAACUUACAGAACUACUACUUUUGCUUGUGAAGAAGGAUCCAUCAGUAAUGUUAUCUUCCCACAUUCCAGUUCUUUUGGGCUCAUACAAUGCAACACUGGAGAUGACUGAUCAGCUUGUUCUCCAACUACUGCAGAUGUAUGAGGCUGGAGGAGUAAGCUUGUACGAGUGUCGGCCAUAUCUUUGGGGUGAAGCAGCAGUCAGCUACUACAGUGUAAAAUCUGAUAUGGGAAUGUCCCUGUGGAGACAGCCACAAGCAAACCAAGUUUUGGAGCUUCUUGAUGAGGAUUGUAUAUUAGAAACCAUAAAGAACUUUCCCCUCAGCAGAGGUUUAAACGCUCCUGAAUGUGCCAAGUAUGAGCAUAAAGUGUAUGACCCAGCCUUCUUGCUGCCGCUCUUCAGUCACUUGCUGGCUCCUGAAGCAGUUGUACAUACCCACAAGUUCAUAAGUUCAGGUGGAUUGGCUGUUACUUUAGCAGCGUUAUGUUCUACAUGUGAGGAUACUCGAGCUGCUGCAUAUCAUGUCAUAGCAAGAUUGUACUUCCAUGUAGAAGCAUGUAGAAAUGUCAAAGAAAGAUUGCUGGGUCUGCAGUUUUUAGAUGCUCUGCGUAAUGGAGUGGUUUCCUUGAAGAACAAGACGCCAAACCCACAACUUGCUUGCAUCAUAGCUACAUUUCUUGCUAGAACUUCGCUGAUUCUGCCACAGACGCAUCAUGCGAUGUACAUUCCAUUGCAGAAUUUCAUUAUAGCCAAAUUAUCACUUAAUCUGAAUACUGUACCUGAGUUCUUCACAUUCUUCCAUAGCUCAGAAGUUGAAUUCAGGAUGUAUCGCCUUUGGAUACUGCAGAUAAUUCGAGAUGGUAUGAAGAGUGAUUUGGAUUUCCAAAUAAGCCAGAGAUGUGUGGUGUUCAAGCUAUUACUGAGCUUCUAUUCAUCUGUCCUUGCUGAUGAUGAUACCAAGAAAUUGAUUCUGGAAGUAAUUGAAUCAACUGUGAAGAUUCCCACUCCAGCUGAACUGCUUGUGACCACAUAUGGUCUCUUAUCCUGGUUGCACCAAACAAUCAGACAGUUUUCACAGGAUGACACAAUUCUCAUCAGCACAACAAUUGAUAUCAUAUCCUCUUUUCAGACUAUUCUGCUUAAUUCAUCUGAAUUGAAAGAUGGCAAGAAAGUUAAAAAGAAAUCAUCCAUGAUUCAGCACCUUCCGCAUCACAUAUUGCUUUUGAUGUUAGAUCUUUUGCCAAAACUUGGUUCAAAGUUGGCAGUGUCUGACCUUAGAAAGUACCUGCAUAUGAUGCAAGCUGUAAUAUCAUUUGAAAAUUCUAGAGCAACCUGCAGUUUAAUAAGCACACAAAAGAUGUUUGAAAUUGUUCAACGAAGCAAAGCCAUCUUGGGUUCAGUUUCAGAUUGUGAGGAUUUGUUGGCAUAUGGUUGUAAGUUUGCACCAGCAACUCAAGGAGGCAGCUCUGAAUGUGGCUUAGGCAGUGAUAAUGAGCAAGCUGUUUGUCAUUUAAGGAAUCUAACAGUGAAAUGGUUACAGAGGAUGUACAAUAGCCAAGCGGCUGUGUGAGUGCAUUAUGUUUGUGUCCAUGAUUAUCUUAUGUAAAAUUAUUUUUAUUUGACAAUAAAUUAUUGAAAACAGUGA